UGCGAGGCGGAGCGGUCGCACGCGCUGCGUCUGCGCGAGCGCCAGCGCUUCUUUGAGGAGGCGUUCCAGCAGGACGUGGAGCACUACCUCUCGAACCGGCGUGCUGCAGCUGCACGGCGCGGGAGGCGGCACCCGCUGGGCAGCGUCUCCUCCAUGGAGGUGAACGUCGAUCUGCUGGAGCAGGUGGAGCUGCUCGACGUGUCGGACCACGAGGCCCUCGACGUCUUCCUCAACUCCCCCUCGUCUCCCUCCGCGGCGUCCGCGUCGGACUCCUCCUCCUGCUCCUCCACCGCGACAUCGGCCACCUCGUCGGUGUCCUCCAUGGGACCCAGCUGUCAAAUGUCCCCGCGCCACGUGUGGCGCGCCAGCUCCACCAGCAGCAGCAGCGAGGUGUCCGGCCCCGACUCGACGCCGCUCUUCUCCCCCCUGCCACCCCCUCCCCUCCCCCCGCCCUCCCCCCCCACCACAACCGCCACCGCCGGCAACUUCACAGCCAACAUCGCCGCCGUCGCCACCGGGGCGGUUAACGACGAUGAGGACGAGGAGGAGGAGGGCAACGGAGUGGCGGUCCCCUCUGUGCAGGCGGAUGAGGAGGAGGUGUUUGUGGACACGGAGCUCACGGCCGCCUCGGAGGACUCGUCCCCUCGGCCCUGUGACUCGGACACUGACUAGCGGGCAGGCGGGCGGGCGGGAGGUCUGAAAAUCAGUCUGACGGGUGCGGGGACAGUCUUACCAUCAGUCUAACGGCGGGGUGGAUGGUGUAACGAGCGGUUGGUCCAGUCGAGCGGGUGAUCUGAUCGCCAGCGUGUAAAGAGUAGAUGAACUCGCGAGUGAAUAGUCUACAAGGGCAGAUGGUUUUUAUAAUCAGUCGGUGGAACGAGUGAGUUGUCUGAUGAGUGGACGGUCUAACCAUUAGUUUAACGAGCUAACGGUGUAGCGGGUGGACGGCCUAAUGGCUAGACCGUCUAACCAUCGGCCUAACAGCAGGUGGCCAAGCUAACGGGUGGACAGAGAAUCUUAAUGAGCAUCCAGUUUAUCGGACGGACAGUCUUAACCAUCAUCCUUAAAGGGCAUCCAAUAGUAUGGGUAGUCGACAGGCUAACGAUCACGACGGCCUAACAUGCGGGGGGUCUAAUCGUAUUUCCAUCCUCUGUGGAGGGUAGCCGUGCAGAGAGUCCAACGAGCAGCAGACAAUCGAACGAGCAGGCGGCGUUGACCGGGCGACGGCCGUAACUUUUGGGCAGCCCGAGAAGGGGUGGAAGUUUGAAGGAUUGGAUGUUGUCGCCUAAUGAUGGAUGGUUGCACGGUCUAAUGAGUCGGAGGGUGUCCCCCCGACUCAGCAUAACAAACGGGGUGGAUGGAAUUAACGGGCAGUCUUUUAACGAGCAGCAGUUCUUAAGUGAGCAGCAGGUUUAAUUGGCGCUGCCUUGCCUCGGCCAGAAUCUGAAUGUGCGCGACUGUGUGUGGGGGAAUGAAUGAUAAAUUGGUUUAACAAUGAAAAGAAAAACGCAAAAAACGGUGGUUUUGUUUUUCUUGUCACGAUACUUAGAAUCCCUUUCACGUGAGAGAGACGGCCCGCAGAAGCGGACGUUGCAGAACUACCCUCGAGAUCCCUUCAAGUGAAUUUCCAUCCACGUGGUAGGGGGCAGCACUUAUCUCGCACUUAGCUAGCAACAAAAUAAAUAAGCGGACAAUGUCUCCUUCGUAUAUAUCCGUCUCUCCACGUGCAAAAUGAAAGUGAUUCUUACACAACCCAUCAGCCGUGCGGUCUGCUAGGAGAGCAUCAUUUCAGGAGAAUUGAUUCAAGACGAGCAAAAACCCGGGCUGGUUUCGACGUUCAGCGUCUCAUCAGUGGCAGGGUCAGGCUUGCUUGAAGCAAAGCUUUGGUGAGCUGACGUUCUUUACAGGCUGCUGUGUUUCAGGCCCGUCUGCGUGUCGAAAAAACGCAACGGCGUGCCCGACCGCGCGUGUUCGGGCCCCUUUGUCAAGUCCGCUGCUGGAUGAAGGCCUCUCCGUGCCAGUCACUGGGUGCUGUUUGGCCAUACUUCACCGCAACCGGUGAGCGUGAGUUGGUGAACGGGGCGGCACCCAGGACCACGUGAGGAGUCACACGCCCCCAUGUCACCCGUGGCUGGGAAUCUGAACCAAAAGGGGGGUAGCUGGGUUUGUAGCGCAGUGCGCUGUACAACGUAAUAACCGUCAAUUAAAAAGUUCGUUUUUGUAAUUCAUUAACGCAAGCUUAAACUAUUGCCCUAUCCUGGAUUUAAGGCUGAAAUCAUCAUCAGCUAUUUUGGACCCUAUGCUGGAUUUAAGGCCUCUCAAAAUCCACCGAUAUCACUCGCAGUCCUGUGAAAGAAUCCUGAAUCAUCUCGAAGACAAAAAUAAUUAUUUUUAGGUUGCGUCCUUUAAGAGGCACUGAGGACUCACUUUCACACUGGCCCUAAUCCCUAGCACUUAGCCUGAAGACUAAAGCCUCGCCAGCCUAUACCUCGAGCCCUAACCCUAGCCUGAGCAUUAAUUCUCUGCAAGCCUCGCACUUAAACUAACCAGUAGCCAUAGCUUUAGUCUUAGCCAUAAGGUGAAGGGGCAGCCCUGCAAUGUCUUGCUGUCAACACUGCUGGUGUAUGUACCUAUGUAUGUAUGUAUGUGGAACUUCUCUCGGACCGUGCGUGGACCACCGCGCUAAUCGGAGGUGCGCAGGAAGGGGGACAGCAAGCUGAAACACAAAAAGUCCGUUCUAAAGAAGUGAGUGUGAAAAAAAUAGCCUCCACUGGAGGUCGAUCGAGAGAGGGGCCCCCCACCAGGGAGGGAGUUAAAUCCUCCUCCGUCACACUGGCCAGACGACUCGGAAGAGGCGGGAGUUCACCCACACUUUUACCCCACUGCACGCGACCUGCCGGUCGUCCACUGAGCUGCAACGUGUACCCCUCGAUGCUGCUCGGUUUGACACAUGUGUAGGAGGAGGAGGAGGAGGGGGGGGAUUUAAAAACUUACAAACUUACCUUUUUUUUCGCAGUUGCCUUGCCCCGGGAGUUCUAGCCAGCGACCUCUGCAUUGCAAGUCCAGUUUGCUAAACACAGUGCUAACCACAUGCCAACGCCAAUUAACUCGGCAUUUUAUUCCGUGCUUAAUAAUAACGAUAUUAUUGUUGAGCGUCAGGCGGGCGCUGCUACAAUGAGAUGUUUGGCCAAUGCCAUUAAUUAAGCGCACAUUAUUUUUCGCCCGCGUUCCCAAGGCAGGACCCUCCUGGAAAAGAGAAGUCUUGAGACUCUGUUGAGUAAUUGAGCAGGUGGUGUGCUGCUCUUCCUGUGUGUGGGAUUGUCGGUGUGUGUUAUAACUUCGUUGGAUUCGAUUUUCUCCAAACGCCCACGGUUUUCCUCCCAUAAUAACGACACUAUUACUUUACAUCCCCUUGCUAAUCGCCCUGCCGAUGCUGUGUCGGUGGGCAGAAAUUAAUCUGGGAACCUACUGGACAUCUGUGA